AGGUUGGCAGUGAUGAAGAGCGUAAAUUAAAUGUGAGCCUAAGCGAGAGCUUUUUCAUGGUGAAAGGCGCAGCCCUUUUCCUACAACAAGGAAACAGCUCCCAGGGCCAGCGAAGUCUCCAGCAUCCUCACAAACAUGCAGGUGAUUUGCCCCAGCACCUCCAGGUGAUGAUCAACCUCCUUCGCUGUGAGGAUAGGAUCAAACUGGCUGUCCGUUUGGAAAGCGUGUGGACAGACCGAGUCCGGUACAUGGUGGUUGUAUACAGCAGUGGACGACAGGAUACAGAAGAGAAUAUUCUGCUGGGUGUGGAUUUCUCCAGCAAGGAGAGUAAAAGCUGCACUAUAGGAAUGGUUCUUCGUCUGUGGAGUGAUACUAAAAUCCAUCUUGAUGGUGAUGGUGGCUUCAGCGUGAGCACUGCAGGGAGAAUGCACAUCUUCAAGCCAGUGUCGGUGCAAGCCAUGUGGUCUGCUUUACAGAUCCUCCAUAAAGCCUGUGAAGUUGCAAGAAGGUACAACUACUUCCCAGGCGGGAUGGCCUUGGUCUGGGCCACGUACUAUGAAAGCUGCAUCAGCUCCGACCAGAGCUGCAUCAAUGAGUGGAAUGCAAUGCAGGACCUGGAGUCCACCCGCCCCGACUCUCCAGCCCUGUUUGUUGACAAGCCAACCGAAAGGGAACGAACAGAACGGCUCAUUAAAGCCAAACUCCGGAGCAUCAUGAUGAGCAAAGACCUGGAAAAUGUGACUUCUAAGGAGAUACGAAAUGAGCUGGAGAAACACAUGAAUUGCAACUUGAAGGAAUUCAAGGAAUUUAUAGACAAUGAAAUGCUGCUUAUCCUGGGUCAGAUGGACAAACCGUCUCUGAUUUUUGAUCAUUUAUAUCUGGGGUCUGAGUGGAAUGCCUCCAACCUCGAGGAGCUGCAGGGCUCAGGCAUUGACUACAUUUUGAAUGUGACCAGGGAAAUUGAUAAUUUUUUCCCCGGUUUGUUCGCAUAUCACAAUAUUCGAGUGUAUGACGAGGAGACAACAGACCUCCUGGCUCACUGGAAUGAGGCGUACCACUUUAUAAAUAAGGCCAAGAAGAAUCACUCCAAGUGCCUGGUGCACUGCAAAAUGGGUGUGAGCCGGUCAGCAUCUACUGUUAUAGCUUAUGCAAUGAAGGAAUUUGGCUGGUCACUGGAAAAGGCCUAUAAUUACGUGAAGCAAAAACGCAGCAUUGCAAGACCAAAUGCAGGCUUCAUGAGACAGCUUUUGGAAUAUGAAGGCAUUUUAGACGCGAGCAAGCAGCGCCACAAUAAGCUGUGGAAGCAGCAGGCAGAGAGCAACCUACCCCAGAACACAGACGGCACCACGGGGUCGGGCGACUUCUUACUCGAGAGCUUAGACAUCGACCUAGAAAACCGCCUGGCUGACCUGGACACGCCUUCGCAGUCAGCGUUCCUGGACAACCGCGCCGGCACAGAAGUGUCUGUGGGGUUUAAUUACUGCUUCCAUCGCCUCUCGGACACGCUUCUGGAGAACAAGAUCCCUGGUGACAGGGAGGGCUUUUUCCAACUGGAGGAGCUGGAGCGGGAUGCACUUGCGGAGCGCACUGCAUCGCUGGUGGGACAGCCUCCGUCUGCAUCUUCGGAGGGGAGGCUGCUGGAGACGGUGAAAGCCCUGGAGGCAGCGGAGCCGCUGGUGGAGCUGAGCAGUUUCACCGAGAAGGAGGUGAAGAAGAAACUUGACUUCAGCCCCCGGAAGGGAAGGAUAGUGCUGGGCCCUGGGGACCCAGGGGAGGACGGUGUCAGGGAGGAAAAUCCGAUGGAGAAGUGGAAGCGGCGUUUGUCCAUGCACAAGGAGGAGAGCAGGCUUAAUAGAGAGAACUUGAAUAACAACAACAGCAAAAGGAGUUGCCCAGAGGAUUUUGAGCAUGAUGCCGUAUUUGGGAUCCUCAGUAAGGUCAAGCCUUCCUAUCAGUCUUGCACUGACUGUAUGUAUUCCUCGGCCAGUUUGUCUCCUGACUCCUUUGGGGAGCAGUGCGAAAAGUUGAACCCUGGCACUGUGCAUCACAGCACCACCAUCUGCACGCAACCAGCCCUCCUCUCCCACAUCAAUUCCAACUUGGCGGACCACCUGCCCAGCAAGGCACACUCAGAGGAAGCAAUCAGAACUAAAAAUAAUGAGGCUCCGCUUCCUCUGUCGGCAGGAGCUGGUACUUUGGAGGCUGGCACUUGCAAAUCACUUGACCAACACUGCAGCAUUUUGGAGAAAGGAAAAGAUGCACCAAAAACCCCGGUCAAAACUCUGCUGCCCAGGAGAAACUCGCAUUGUGACAAGAGCCUCCUUAACACAGAAGUGGUAAAAGAAGAGUCUCUAGCCAGAAAAGAUAGCAAACCUACCAAGGAUCUGAAGUACUUGUUGUUCAGCAAAGACUUGGAAAAGCCAAGUGCAAACAGUUACUUGAUGCAGCAUCAGGAGUCUCUUAUUCAGCUGCAGAAAGCAGGCUUGGUUAGGAAACAUACCAAAGAGCUGGAGCGGUUGAAAAGCCUGCCCUCGGACGCCUCGUCACUGCUCAGAGAGAGCCCCCUGAGCAGAGUCGACUCCGGCAUUGUGGAGGAAAGCGAGGCUUUGAUUUCACAUCACGGCCUCGUACCUCUUCUGGGACCGCCACCGCUGAUACCUGAAGAUGCAGAAAACGAUGUGGAGAAGUUAGAGGUGAAACGCGUCUUGGAGGGGGUCUCUCAGAAAACCUCCACUCCUGUCGUGUGUCGGUUGGAGCACACGAGCAGUUUCACCAAGGACUUCCUGAAGACCAUCUGCUACACUCCCUCCUCCUCCCGGAGCUCCAACCUGACGCGUAGCUCCAGCAGCGACAGUAUCCACAGCGUGCGGGGCAAGCCCGGCCUGGUGAAGCAACGAACUCAGGAAAUUGAGACCCGGCUGCGGCUGGCUGGCUUGACUGUGUCUUCUCCUCUGAAAAGGUCCAAUUCUCUCGCCAAGCUAGGAUGUCUUAACUUGUCCUCUGAGGACUUAUCAAGUGACAUGGAUGUGUCAACCAUAACGGACUCAAAAGAGGCCGUUUCAAGCGAGUCUUCCGUGCUCUGUGAGCCACAAUCCACGCUGAGGAGUGCAGACGUCACCUCCAAACUGGCAGCGAAGCCAGCGGUCGGAAACUUGAAGAACACGCUUUGGAUGGGCAAAAGUUGAUGCCUUCUAUGGGGGGAGGGGGGGGGGGAUUUUGUGGGUUUUAUGGCAUUUAUUCAUUGCACCGAUGCAGUUUUAUCAUCUGACUUGCAGUAGUUCAUCUGAUGCCACCUCUUCUUCCCCUCCUUGUACUCUAAGUGGGGAGAAAAAAAACAUAAUGGGUCAUGAAGAAUGGCACAAGGGAAAAUAAAAUGUAUUGCAUGGCUUAGAAGAGGACUUUGUGUGUGAAUUGCCUGUUGUCCUGCAGGAUGCUGUUUCUAGUACUGUUUGCCAAGUAUAAUAAUUGUGGUUUUGUGUGUGUGUAUAUAUAGAUAGAUAUUUGUAUCUAUUUAUCUAUCUAUCUAUAUAUAAAAAAUGCUGAAAUACUCUGUUUCAAAGACUCAACAAAAUAAUUAGUCAUGACUUUUUUUUUUUUACAGAACAAACAAAAGUCUCUAGUUAAAACAGGGCACUUGUGGAAAAAUCCUUAAAAUGGUGACAUGAACACUACCUCUGUUCUCGCUGACUUUUAGUCUUUGGUUUAUUGUUUGGUUUUUUUUUUUUAAAAAGGCUUUUCCCACAAUACUUACCAUUGUUUGAAGGUAUUCCCUUAAUGUUAACCGUAAAGGCCUGGAGGAGUAUGGAGACAGAGGCUUUACUGCACCGAGUGACCAGCUGUGAAGUGAAGGAGUAUCGAGCUGUGUUCGUGUUGACUGUGUGACCUGCUGGUGUUAGUCCGUCUUCACUGUGUGACCGGGUGAAAUGUCAUAGUCUCCUGUGGGUGCCGGAGCGACACCCAGACUGUGUCGUUGUCGCAGGCUUACGCUCCCGUGAAGAGGCGUCUUGUUCUUUGGGUGUUCUUGCUGUCGUCGUGGUUUGUAAUGUCCCAGUACUAAUGAUGAGCCUGGCCAGUAAGUGACCGUGGACCCUAGUGAAGCUUUGUGUGAUGCUGUGUCGGUGUCGUAGAUCCUGUGUUGGGGACCCUUCUUCAUCGGGCUGUUGGUGGCACACCGCGCCGGCGAGAUGGCUGAGGAGGGACGGCUCUCCUGGUGUCCCACGCGUUUGAAAUCCCAGUAGGCAAUAGGUGAACGUGUGUCUUUUUCUGAUUAUUGCUGUUGGCUUUGGUAGAACGGUUCCUGCAUCCUUGGUUUGCCGGCAGCCUGGGAAACU